CCUCGGAAGCUACGUUACUUCCGAGAGUCGCGUUGGCGUUUUCUAAAUACAGACAGACAGUUCGAUGAAGACAGUCCAGGUCAAAAGAUGUGGCGACUGUAACUGAAUCUGGAUACAGACACACGGAUUGGACAUGCCCAGGUUGUUCUACCAUGGACACAGACAUGAUACCAACAUUCACUUCAAAAGACCAGGAGAUCGACUACUGGAAGGCCUUGUCCCUCAGGUAUAAGAGCAGUUACCAUGAGGCCCAGGAGGAGUUGCUGGAGUUCCAGGAAGGGAGCAGAGAGCUGGAGGCAGAGUUAGAGGCCCAGCUAGGACAGGCUGAACACCGCCUCAGAGACCUGCACACAGAGAACCAAAGACUGAAGAGCGAGUUGGACAACCUCAAGGAGAAGUUGGAGCAGCAGUAUGCUCAGAGCUAUAAGCAGGUCUCCAUGUUAGAGGAUGACCUGGGACAGACCAGAGGAAUCAAGGAACAGCUUCAUAAAUACGUCAGAGAACUGGAGCAGGCCAACGAUGACCUGGAGAGAGCCAAGAGGGCGACCAUCGUAUCUCUGGAGGACUUUGAGGGUCGUCUGAACCAAGCCAUAGAGAGGAAUGCCUUCCUGGAGAGUGAGCUGGAUGAGAAGGAGUCUCUACUGGAGUCAGUUCAGAGACUGAAGGAUGAAGCCAGAGAUCUGAGACAGGAGAUGGUGGUGAGGGAGAGGACUGCAGACAGGAUGUCAGCCCCCAGCUCUCCUACCCUGGACAUGGACAAGAUGGACUCUGCUGUCCAGGCCUCCCUGUCCCUGCCUGUCACCCCUGUAGGGAAGGGCAUGGAGCACCCGUUCAUCAACCCUAAAUCAUCAGUGUUAACAAAUGGCUGUGGGCCUGGCGGCUCACCUCUGACCCCAUCAGCAAGAAUCUCUGCUCUUAAUAUCGUUGGGGACCUUCUUAGAAAAGUGGGGGCGCUGGAGUCCAAGCUAGCUGCAUGUAGGAACUUUGCCAAGGACCAGGCGGUGAGGAAAACCUACUCCACGUCGUCCAGCAACAUGAUCACUGGGAACGGAAACCUCCUCAACAGCAACUCCACCAAGUUCUCCCACUCACUACACACCACCUACUACGACAAAACGGCUGUGAAUGGACUGGACCCCAGCACCCUGACUGCCCUGGCGUCGCCCCGGACUGUCUCCCCUCCUGGCAUGCUGCCUCUCACCGUUUAGCGUGGCCCCAACCUCUGUACAAGCUCCCCGCAGAACAAGGGUACCCCUCAUCCUUCACCCCAACCUCACCCCCUCUGUCACCC